AAGAUCACGUCUAAGCAAUUAGAAACACCGAGGAGAAGAGUGACCUUAUGAAGCAAAGAAAGCUGGUACCGAGUGCGACGGCGUCCAAUUAGAAGGAUCACGACCUCAAAAUCAUGUCCAAGUACUACGACUUGGGGAAGGGAGGGGCGUACCAAAUGUGAAAACAUUGAAGAAGUUUUAUAAAGUGGAUGUGGUGAAGGCAGUAUUUGGGGUUAUAGUAGUCGAGACGAUGGCAGCCGUAGCGGCAUACCAGGAUGACUUGAAGAAGCGAGGCCACCAGGAUCAGAAGAACGGCUUCCGAAGCGGCGUGGCUGGUUCGAAGAACAAGCUCGUGUCAAUCAAAAAGAUUCACUUGUUCAAGCCCAAAUCUUGCAAAAUGGAGCUACAGCUACCAUUACGCCGGCAGAACAUCAACGAGUUUCUGAAUAACCUCUCGGGUAUAUCGCAGGCACAGCGAGAACUGCGGCGACGUGCUACUUCUAUUGCCGAUGCGAAUCGCGUUCAAGAAAUCACUUCCGCAACUCCCCAGCGCAGCGUCAAGCGGCGACGCACUUCUGCAUCUCCAAUCUCCAUCUCGUCCACUCCUCCCCGGCGACCAUCUCGCAAGAUCAAAAGCGAACGCGACAAGCUCUUCGAUGCUAUUGAGGCUGGAGACGACUACCCCGCUGAACCUAUGACGAUCAAGAGCGCGGAUGAUCUGAAUGAAGUGCAAUUGAAGAAGUGUUAUGAGAUUUUGCACGCUUGUGGCAGUGCGACGGAUCCUAAUGCGAGUCUGACCAAGACGAGACAGAGCAUCGAUGGCUUUUUGGAUGCGGUUUUUAAUGAGUGGUCGAGUCGCAAGGCCGGCAAUUUGCUGCGAUCAGAGCUGGAAUUCUUGGUGGAAGCAGAGGUUUUGGCGGGAAAGUUGUGUGUGAAACCUCAAGAACAUGCCAGAGUAACGGACUGCGAUGCUGGAACCCUUUGCACAGCCCCUAUUUCCGCAGUUGCAACGUACUGCAACAACCCGCCCAUGUUCAAACUGGAAUUCUCGACUGUUGAUGAACUCUCUGGCCAGCCGGAGGCAAUUUGCCCAAUAGCCCGAGGAGAUAUUAGGUGGGUAGACAAGGACUGGGUGCAAGACCUGCGCAAGAGCCUCCAGGCCAAAGUGAUUGCCAAGAUUCACAAGCAUAACAAACACCUCGCAAUUUGGCAAGCUCGCAAGCUCAUCGUUGAGUGGGCUAAGGGAAGCUUGUCGAUGGGGGAGGACGUAAGUAAGAUGGGCUUCUUGAAACGGGAGACGGCCGAUGUUGCGCUUAUUGGAUUGAGAGGACAUUUAGAAGGAAAUUAG